CUUCUUUCCUUGUCUCACCAAAGAACGGGCCGCACCUACUCCUACGUCUUAUCCGAGCCCAGCCGUAUGGCCGGCCUUGUCAUGCCCUACCCCAGCUGGGUGGGAGCCGACCACGCUGAUGACCUGCAAUACAUGUUCGGAAAGCCUUUCCAAACACCACUGGGGUACAUGCCUCGCCACCGUGACCUCGCCGGUUACAUGAUUAACUACUGGACCAACUUCGCCAAAACUGGAAACCCCAACAAAGGAGAGAAUGUGCCCGCUACCUGGCCUCUAUUCACCGGUACUGGGCACCAGUACCUGGAAAUCCAUUCUAAUAUGAACAAGAACUAUGUGAAACAGAAGAUGAGAAUGCGUUACGUGCAUUUCUGGUGCAGCAUCCUCCCCAACCUUCCCUCAUCCAUCUAUGAAUAAAGACCUUGUGCAAUCACCUGUGCACCUGUACCUUACAGAGCGCCAGUAUCAAAUCAGUAUUGCUUUAUGAAAAAUAAAUAAAUUUAUGACAAAUAAAAA